GAAAAAACAAUUGACCGUCGAAAAUGUGGGAAUAGAAUAUGUGGAUAUAGUAAAAAUUCUAAAAUUCCAGAGAUAACAGAUCAGCACGACGAUUUCAAUCAGACUGAAACGUGCUAUUCCUUAAUGAAUGGUAGUAUUGGGUACCAUUAGCGAUCUAGUACACAGUAGUAAUGGGUUUUCAAUGGGUUUCUAAAUUUUAAUGGACUUUGAAUAAACAUAACAUGCAUGGAAUUAUAUGGCCGAAACAUACUAUUGGCCAUCAGUAUCCAACAUUCAGUUAUAACUCAUCAAAGUUUCGAUAACGUAUCAAAAAUAUUUGACACAUGCGAUUGUUCGACUGUUCCCUGCGCCCUUUGGAGGAACGAACUGAUUCAACUCAAGAUGCGGGGUCUUACAUCAUUACUUUGGGGUUUUGUUGCUCUUUAUGUGGUGAAUGGGGUCCAAUCAGAAUUAACACCUGAGCCUACAUCGACCACUGACACAACGGAGACCGUUACAGCAUAUGAAUACGAAAAUGGACCAGAGAAUUAUACUGGUCCCCCAGAGGAUUAUACUGGUUCCCCAGAGGAUUAUACUGAUCCCCCACCAUUCGAAUGGCCAAAUUUCGAGAACCAAACAGCGAACGCUAGCAGCGCAAUGUACCUGGAUACCGCGGAAAAUAACAUGGAACUGUGGCUGACAGACACCCGUCUCUUCAAAAAAACCACUCCAAUCUACUCAAUAGUGUCGGGAGCCUCCAAUUCCAGCCCAAUUAUAACAAAAUAUUCCACAGUGUGGGACACAGUCAAAGGAUCCAAAAACUUGGAAAAGGGAGUGGUGCGAUUGUCUAACCGAAGAAGUAAUGACAGCCAGGGAGUGGAUGCAUCACCAGACGAAGAGACUAAUGCAAAAAUCACUGCGAAUAACACCUUUUCUCAAUUAUCUCCCCCGGCUAUCGAGGAUCCUGAAGAGCAAUGGAUAUAUUACUUGUGGGACCGCGAAAGACGUCGUCAAUGCUCUGAACAUCAUAGGGACUGCGUCGAUCACUGCGGUGAUCUCUCAGUGAUCACUGAGAAUGAAAGCCCAGAGUGUGCUACCUGUCGACAAAUGGCUCAGGAUAUCUUUCCCGAAUGUCCCUUAAGGUCUAAGACUAUGUAUCCUCGAAUAUUGAUCGUCGUGGAUUAUAGUUACUACGAAAAAUUCAAUAAAAGUGAUAGUGAUAUAGUCACUUACCUGUUGGGAUUUUGGAACGGCGUCGAUUUAAGAUUCAGAUUCUUCGAGAAUCCCAAGGUCAGACUGAACAUCGUUGGGGUUGUGUUGGCCAAGGAUGCUGACGCACUGCGCUACAUGAAAAGUGAAACUGACGAGUCAGUGGAUAUUGAGAUGUCGGUGAAUGAAGCUGGACUUUAUUGGUAUGAGCAGACUUCUGAUAUUCCAUAUGAUAGCUAUGAUCUGGCUGUGACAAUGACAUUACACAGCCUAUGUGACUAUGGGUGGAGUGAGGUUGUGAACAGAACAAUGUGUAGAGUUUUCUCUCAGGGAAUCUCAUUGACGUUUGGGGUAUGUGCGACUACAAGUGCUUAUCUUCCGAAAGUAGCUACGGUUGCCGACAAUGCCGGGUUCCAAGGAAUCAGAACAGCUGCACAUGAACUCGGUCACGCAUUUGGUAUGCAACAUGAUGGCAAUGUCGAAAACGAAAGAUGUUCCGCCCGUGAUGGAUACGUAAUGGCGCCUAAUAAACAUAUGUCCGCACACGAUAAACUGUGGUCCAAUUGUAGUUUGGAAAAUUUCCAAAUUUUUCUCGAUUCGCAUCCCUUCUGCUUCAGCGAGACGAUGGACAAAAAAGACGUUUUGCCGGUAUAUCUUCCUGGAAAGAUGAUGGAUACUCAGGAGCAAUGCGACGCACAAAAUGGUCUUCAGGGCUGUAGCAUUGACCCUUCAAGCUGCCAACAUUUAAACUGUAAACAUCCUCUUUUUCCUCGUUGCCUCCCAUCAUUUUAUGCGGCUGCUGAUGGAUCCGCAUGUGACACAGGAAAAAUUUGCUUGAAUGGUCAAUGUGCCGCCGAUCCGACAGUGGCAGCAUUGACCGGAGGUCAAUGAUUCGAUUGAUUAAGAUAUCAUACACAAAAAUAACUCAUUUUAAAAGUCGAAAUUUGAAACGAUUUUUACGAGAUUGUUGAACACGUAAAUUUAUAUUUUAUAAACGUAAAUUACAUCUAAAAAAAUGACAAUGACAAGUUUGAAAAUGUAAAUAACCAUUUGUGAAUCGUAAAUUACGGGUUUUUUAUCCCAUAAACUGCAAUUACAGAAAACGUAAAUUAUCAUUGCGAAGGAAAUUAAAUUAUGAUUUAGAAAGAUGUAAAUUACAAUGUCGGUCCUCGGAAAUUGCGUUUUUUGCGAUCUAAAAUACAAAGUUUAGGUUCGUGAUUUAUGCUUCGAUUCCCCUAAUUUAGGCGAUCUAAAUAUGAGAUCAUGAUUCAAUCACUAAUUUACGAAAUCACAUCACGUAAUGUCCUUCAAUGAUGUGAUCCUCAAUAGAAUCGAAAAAAAAACGUUGACGAUAUUAAAUUUUUACGUGAUAAAUGAUCCUGAAUUAUCUGAACCCAACUUUCAGAGCUAUUUUUUCAUAAAAUUCUCAAAGUAAUUUUUAAAAUGGCGCGCCCGGAAGACCAACAGAACGUUUAAUGAACCAAUAAAAAAAAUCUGCAUGUGUCGGGUUACUGUGAAUUUUUGCAAAUGCAGAUCACUACCAGAAACUUUAAAGGCAAUAAAAAUAAUAAACAAGGAAAGACACGGAAAUUGGAAAUGAAACACAAACAAAAAUUAUUUUUAAA